AUGCAUCGGAGCUCUUCUAGCGAGGGUGUACUGGACAGAGUUUCGCAAAAGGAAAAACUCCGUAAGAGUUUAUUUCAAAUUAUUCAACAGCUAACUGUUCAAACUUUUCUAGCGGCGGUUUGUGUACCUAAUACUUUAGAAGUGUCGGCAUUUCAAAUAAGUAACUUUUUACAGAAAAAGGACUAUCUAAUCCCUGCUGGCCAUGCUAUCUACUUUAUGGGACAAACGUUCGUUCAAUUUGGUGAGGAUUUUCAACCCAGAAAAUGAAAAAAACAGCAAUUUGCCUCCUAUAUCUACAUUACACCCCACGUUUUUUCUAAUUUUUAGCGACUUUCUACGGUUUCUUCCGUCUUGACUGGCUUAGAAUGAAUGUUGCCGUUUUUUUAGUGUCUUCAAGCGAUUUUCAACGUUUUUUCGGCAUUAUUAUAAAAUUUUAGCGAUAUUCACCCGUGAAAUUUCUCUCAAAUUUUGAUUCUUUGUGAUUUCGGGUGGAUUUGGUAGUAAAAUUAGAGGAAUUGGAAAGCAAGUCCCUUUUUUUGAUGUUAUUCAUGAAGACUCAAAAGUUCGUUCACUUUUCUUAUUGAAAUCUGAUUUUCAAAUUUUGAAGAAAUCGGGCUCAAGGAUGAAUUUUACAUUAUGGUAGACAUGUUUCAUCGUAUAAAAUGGUAAACGCAGCCUGCAGCCGAGAAAAAAAAGAUUUCGUGGAGAAAAAUUAUUUUUUCCUUGCGGAAGAUGAGUUUCAAGUCUUUUUGAACAAGAAAUAGCUUUAUUUCUAUUUAUUUUUACUGUAAAAUACGAAUUGUUAUCAAGAUUCCAUAUUUUAUUAUAUUAUUUUAGGUUAGAAAUAAAAUAAUAUUUUUUUUUCAGUAGAAUGUCGUUCUAUCAGAAGACUGGAAAAGCAGCGGAAAGUCUGAACCAUCGAAGGACCUGGGACAAGACUGAAUAUGAGAUCAAGGCCAAUGAACGAGCUCAACGAGACAAGGAACAAGCCGAGGCGUUGAAGAAGGGCAAGAAGGUGAAAGUCUUGCUUCCGGAUGGCUCAAAACCACCUCCACCGAAGAAAUUGCUCGAGGCCAGAAAGGAGAAGGUAUGUUCUUUCUUUUUCUUAGUUUCUUUUUCGUUUUAGAGUCCUCAUUCUGACAAAAAAUGGCAAUUAUAUUGUUUUAGGUGGACCUGGAGUCAGUUGUUGGAAAACAGCAGGUUAUCAACAAAACUUCCACCACGGAGAACACUGGCGGGUUUUAUUGUGAUAUCUGCGAUUGUAUUAUGAAGGACUCCGUCAAUUAUUUGGACCACAUCAAUGGGAAAAACCACCAAAGGAACUUGGGAUUCACGAUGAAGGUGAAGCGAAGCACAGUCGACGAUAUUCGCGAACGAUUGAAUAUGAAGAAACAUGAGAGUAAGUGGCCUCUUCUUCCUUCCAUAUUCUGUCUUUAGGAAUGUCGGAGAAGCGAAAAGCCGAGCAGAACACGGAAGAGGAUCUAAAAGAAGAAGAGGCCAAACUAGCCGAUCUAAAACGUCAACGAAAGGAGCAGAAGGGCAAGAAGAAGGCCAGAAUGGAUGAGGAGGAGGGAGAGGAGCCUCCAGUCGACGAUGAGCUGAUGAAAAUGAUGGGGAUAUCCGGAUUUGGCGGCUCCAAGAAGAACAAUUGA